AUGGCACCCGUAGGGAUAAUGGCUCGACUCAAGAGUCUAUACUCCAAGCAGGAUGAACCUGCCCUGUCAGACCAGACGGUCGCUUUUCUAUCUGUCAUCCUCACACUACUCUACGUGGUACCAUUCUAUCUCUCCCCAACAACCCGCCCAUCCCCAACUCUCAGUCGCGAUGCCCCGUCCGUGAUUCGCGCCCGCAUCCGCGCUGUCACGGGCUCCUGUAUCGUGAGCUCGGUCCUUGUCCUCUGGCUCAUCGUCGAGGAGGAUAAUUCCUCCCUCAGCGCCGGCCUCAGGCUCCUCGGCUGGUGGCCCGUCGGCGUGUUGGAGACGCUUCGAAGUCUUUCCCUAACCGCCAUUCUGUUCAUGGGCCCGCUCUUCGAGCGUGGCAUUGUCGAGGGCGAAUGGAAGUUCUGGUUCCGUCCUAGUAAGCUCUCCGAGAGUCUGGGUGGCUGGAUUGGAUGGAGGAAUUAUGUCGCGGUAUGUACUGUCCUUUUUUGGUCCAAAAAAAAAAAAGAAAAACCAAAAGAGGCCAAUCUAACAUCCUCCCAGGGCCCCUUCACAGAAGAAGUGAUGUUCCGAUCUGCGAUGGUACCGCUACAUUUACUAGCACACACCUCGCCAGGCCAGAUCGUGUUCCUGGCACCGCUCUAUUUUGGCAUCGCGCACGUGCACCACUUCUACGAGUUCUGUCUGACGCACCCGGACACGCCGGUUCUAGCCGCGCUGCUGCGGUCGCUCUUCCAGUUCGGCUACACGACUAUCUUCGGCUGGUAUGCGACUUUCAUCUAUUUGCGGACGGGCUCGUUGCUGGCUGUUGUUGUCGUCCAUAGUUUCUGUAACUGGUGUGGAUUGCCACGGUUCUGGGGCCGUGUUGAGGCUGCUGAGCCUAUUGGUCCCCCUGUGACUCGGGGUAAGGAGGAUUCUGAUGAUAUCAAAGUCGGGGUGAUGGGUAGUAAUGGGGGUUUGGGUAUUGGGUGGACAGUUGCUUAUUAUGUGCUUCUUGUUUCUGGGGCGGUCGGUUUUGCUCAGGGUUUGUGGCCUUUGACUGACUCUUACCAUGCUCUGGUUUCGUUUUCGGGGAAGUCGAAUUAG